AUGGUCAGAAUGCUUAGGUUUUGUGACAAAAAAGUACAAUUUUGGUAUAAGGUUGUCAACAUAAGAAAACCUACAGUUUUAAGGAUAAAUAGUGAUGCUGAUAUCCUAGGAUUGAUUACUGAAAUUCCAGUGAACAAAGAGGUGGACAUAUAUGUAGAGCAUUUGUAUGAAAAUCAAUGGGAAGAUGAUGUAGAAAUCUCUAGGGAACUAGGAGAUGAUGUGUUAUUGCAUGAUGAAGAAGUUAGUAUGGAAAGUGAUGAAGUAGAAGCAGGUGAUGAAGUUGAAUUACAUGAUGAAGGACAACCUGAUAUUGCAAACAAUCUUACGGACACUGCUACUAGUUCAAAACAGAAGGUGGUUGAGGAUUUUGUGGAGAUUGAAUGUGAGUUAUCUGAACAAGUACUAAGGAGUUUGUGUGAUUCAGAUUCAGAGGGGCAAGUUCAUGGUCCAUUAAAUGUGUUUGAAGAGAGAAAUUUAAAAAAGGAAGGGUUUAAAUUUGUGCUUGGAAUGGUGUUUAAUUCUGCUAAAGAAUUCAAGUGGGCAGUUCAAUACCAUGAAAGUCUGAGGCAGAAAGAUGUUAUGUUUAAGAAGAAUGAGGCAAGAAGAGUUAGGGUAGUGUGUAGACACCAACAGGUCUGCAAUUGGUCUAUUUUUGGUUCAAAAAGCAAUUCAGGUUCUCCAUUUACUAUCAAGACUUACAAUUCUGUUCACACAUGUGGGAAUCAAGAUGAAAACAAGCUUGUAACUUCUGGUUUUUUAGCAAAAUUAUUCAAGGAAGAUUUUAGAAUGAAUACAGAAUGGGGUAGAGGACCAUUUCAGGAGCAUGUGAAGGCUAAAUUCAACUGUCAGCUAACUAGAAACCAAGCAUAUUUGGCAAAAAAGAAAGCUAUGAAGCAAAUAGAUGGACAAGACUUGGAACAAUUCAACUUACUGAAUGACUAUUGUGAAGAACUAAGAAGAAGCAACCCUGGAAGCACUGUCAAAAUGAAGUUAGACACUGAAUUUAGUGUGAAUGGAAGGCCUAGAUUUGUUAGGCUAUACAUUUGCUUUGCAGCUUGCAAGGAAGGGUUUGUUAGGGGUUGUAGACCCAUUAUUGGGGUUGAUGGCUGCCACCUAAAGGGUGCUCAAAAAGGAGGGCAACUACUGAGUGCAAUAGGUUUAGAUGGGGAUAAUAGUCUUUUUCCAGUAGCAUUUGCUAUAGUUGAGGGUGAGUUGAAGGAGACAUGGUCAUGGUUUUUGGAUUUAUUGGACAGUGACUUAAAUAUCUCAAAUAAUCCUGGUGCUUGGACAAUCAUUUCUGAUAAACAGAAGGGCUUAAUACCUGCUGUGGAGGAACUAUUUCCAGGGCUUGAACAUAGGUUUUGUGCUAGGCAUCUACAUGCCAAUUUUAUGAAGGAUGGGUUUACAGGGAAUUCCCUCAAAAUGCACUUCUGGGCAGUGUGUAAGGCUACUACUGAGGCAGAUUUUCAUGCAAAGAUGGAGGAGCUAAAGUUGGAGAAUCCUAAGGCUUUUGAAUGGUUAAGUGCAAGGGAUCCAAAACACUACUCUAGGGCAUUUUUCAGCACAUUCCCAAAGUCAGAUUUGCUACUUAAUAAUCUUUGUGAAUCUUGGAACAGUUGCAUUCUAAAUUUCAGGGAUAAGCCAAUACAAACAAUGGUUGAUAAGAUAAGGUUAUAUUUGAUGAUUAUGAUGCAAAAGAAUAGGGACAAAAUGAGUUGUCAUCCCUUCAAGGUCUGUCCAAAAAUUCAGAAAAUCCUAGAAGAAGGAAAAGAGAGAUGUUGUAGAUUCAAUGCAUAUAAAUCUGUUGGUGAUAUUUAUCAAGUUGAUGAUGACAGUUUCAAGCCUUUCAAGAUUGAUCUAGGUGCUAGGCAGUGUAGUUGCAGGAGAUGGGACCUCACUGGCAUACCAUGUACACAUGCCAUUGCAGCUAUAAGGAAAAAGGGUGAUAUUCCAGAAGAUUAUGUCCAUUAA